AUUUUCACACUAAAAUUUGGCGGGCGUUUCAAAAAAACCCUAAAUACUAACAACAGCAUAGCAGCAGCCCCAUUUUUUCUACAGAUAAAAAAAAAAUGGGGAAGGUGUUAUCAAGAUCGAAGAAAUCGAAACAAAAGCGUCGAAUGAGUCAAUCGAAAAAGUGUCCGAAACGAAGUAAAGGGUCAGAGCCUGGAUCGGCAUCAGGAGGAGGAGGGGGGUGUAUGGAUCUUGGAAAGAAAAGGGUUGCUAUUUUUGAUGAAAAUCAUGUUAUUUUAUCAUCUCCUGAAAGGUCAAGAUAUGCUGCUGGACCACCUGUUGAUUUAUUUAAAGAGAAUAAUAGUUUGCCCUCCACUCCGCGCCCUGAUUUUGGGGUUAUUGAUUAUGAGUCCCGCCUCGAGUCUCUGCCAAUGGAAUUGCUGGUCAAAAUACUUUGCCAUAUGCACCAUGACCAACUUAAAGCUGUUUUCCAUGUUUCUGAGAGGAUCAGAACGGCCGUUAUUGUAGCUCGGAGGUUUCAUUUUAAUUAUACAACACCAGAUAGGUCUCGACAAGAGAUGUUGAAUACGAUGACACCACUCCCUACGCAACAUUGGCCUUUUGUGAGCAAGGAAGAUGAAAAGAGGAAAGUACUGACAUUACCAAGAACUCCAAAAGCACCUAGGCAUGGGCCUCGUCCUCCUUCCCGCCUUAAGUUUGUUGAGAUGCGCCAGGUGGCAGCUGUUUUAUUCCAGGAGUCAGCAUUUCCACCGAGGUACACCGUUCCAUCUGCACUGCCAAAACCCAAAUGCAGAUCAUUUCCUUCCAACAGAGUGCUGUUUGAUGAAGAACUUGAGCUUUGUCAAGCUGUUGCUCAGAAUAAACUUCGGUAGUAGUUAAAUAAACCUUUAUUAUAUGCAUGUACAGUUGUGAUUUCUUUUCAUAGGUUCCUACCAUUCCAGGUAGUUAGUGUACAUUGUGCAGUUUUCGAAAAUUCUGAUGUGGUGGUCAGCAGCUUGAUGGCUGCCUAAGAUAUUGGUUACUUGGAUAGUUUGGUAGUGAACGAAUAAAUAACGUGUCUAUCUUUUGUUUAGUUGAUGUUGAGUGGACAUGUUUUUAGUA